UGCAAAGCAGUGCAAGUGUAAGGAUCAACAAGAUGUGGUGGCUUUGGUUGGUGGCUUUGGUGCUAGCAGCCCUCGGAUUGUGGCAGUGGUGGAUUGUACAGCGCCAUCGGUUUGCAUCCCACCUGCCGGUGAUGCAGCCGUACUAUCCCAUUAUAGGGAAUGCGCAGCUUUUCAUCGGAAAGUCACGCGUUGAUCUGUUCAAUCAGUUACUGCAGCCGUUCCGGCAGUAUGAUGGUUGGUUUAAGAUAUGGCUCGGUCCAAAGCUGGUGCUGGCUACCUCGCAUCCGGACAUCAUGAAUGCAGUACUUAGCCAUCCCGAUUGUCUGGAGAAACCGUUUUUCUACGACUUUGUGAAGCUGGAGCACGGGAUCUUUGCGGGACACUAUCAUCCGUGGAAAACACAACGGAAAGCGCUCAAUCCGACCUUCAACACGCGCAUACUGAACAGCUUUAUUCCGGUGUUUGUGCAGUGCGCCAGGCAGAUGGUGCAGCACAUGGAGCAAAGUGUGGGUGACGUCGGCCGGUCGAUAUCCAUCUUCCCUUUCAUAAGCAAAUGUACGCUAGAAAUGGUGUGCGGGACGACGAUCGGCUGCGAUGUGAUGGAGCAGCCAGGCAAGGAAACGUUCAUUGAGAAUGUCGACCGAUGCUUCGAGCUGGUGGCAAAACGUAUGCUCAACAUUCAUCAUUACAUCGAGCUGGUCUAUCGGUUCUCGCGUGACUGCAUUGAGGAGUCUGAGCUUCGCACAUCUUGCUAUCGUUUCUUCGAAACGGUAAUUGAAAAGGCAAAGGCUCGCAUAAACUCUACCAUAAUUGAGCAUGAGUGUGAGGACUACAAAAAGCCACUCAUAUUUGCCGACCAGCUGUUGGCGGCGCAGCACAACGGAAAUCCCUUUACCGACAUCGAAGUUACGCACAACAUUUACUCGAUGAUAGCGGCGGGCAAUGAUACUACUGCACUUCAGGUGACACACACUUGUCUGUUCCUUGCCAUGCACCCAGCGAUACAGGAGCGCGUGUACCGCGAGGUGAUGGACGUGUUUCCCGAUCCCGAUCAGGACAUUGAGGUGGAGGAUCUCAAGAAGCUGACCUACAUGGAGCGUGUAAUCAAGGAGAGCCUUCGGCUGGCCCCUUCCGGACCGAACAUUGCACGCCAAACGAUGAAGGACAUUGAGAUAGCUGGUGUACACAUACCGCGUGACAGUUUGAUAGUGAUGAGCAUAUUUUCAAUGCACCGCCGUAAGGAUAUUUGGGGCCCGGACGCGGACUUGUUUGACCCAGAUCGGUUUCUGCCGGAGCGAAGCGAAGGCAGAAGCGCGAACGUGUUCAUACCGUUCAGUGCCGGUUCGCGCAACUGUAUCGGCGGGCGGUACGCCAUGCUCAGCAUGAAGGUGAUGCUGUCCAGCAUACUGCGCCGGUUGCGGCUUCGGUCGGAUCUGCAAAUGAAUGAUCUGCAGUUUCGGUUCGAUCUGACGCUGAAGCUUGAGUCUGAAUAUUUUGUACAGGUAGAGAAGCGGAUUAAUCGUACGCAUUCUAAUAAAGAGAUAAAUCAUGAUCUUUUCACACGCACUGCAUCGGUACAUGCAUGCACACACAUUCAUGCGCUUGUUAUCCUUAACCCACUAGUAGCAUCUACAGCGCAUACAGUAGCGCAACUACUACGAUUCAGUUGCAUUCCAACCGUCGACUUGAACAGAAUGUUUGCAAUCGUACUGUUCCUCAUCGCCGCGUGUGUCUGCUAUUACUACACCUGUGUCGUGCGCGCUCGAUUUGCACAGGACGUGCCCUGUGCUCAGCCUUGCUAUCCACUGAUAGGGAACGGCCUAUCGUUCCUGGAAAAGUCACCGGUCAAACUGUUCCAGAAUGUGGUGCAACCGUUUAACCAGUUCGAUCGGUGGUUCAAAGUUUGGCUCGGACCACAGCUGAUGCUGUGCACCUCGCAUCCAGUGCUGGCCGAGUCGGUGUUGAGCCAUCCAAAGUGCUUGGAUAAGCCAUUUUUCUACAGCUUUGUGCAGCUCGAGCAGGGAAUUUUGACUCGCAAAUAUCAAAACUGGAAGCGGUACCGAAAAGUGAUGAGCCCUGCCUUCAGCACGAGCAAGGUGACCAAUGCGCUACCGUUGUUCGUAAUGUGUGCGGAAAAUAUGAUGUCCAAGCUAGAGGCAAUGGUGGCGAAUGAUUCAACAGUUUCGCUGGCACCAGUUUUGAGCGAGUGUUUGCUUAAUGUGAUAUUUUCCACUACCCUGGGAGCGAAUGUAGUAGAAGAGAGGGAGGCGAAGCAUAUUUUAAACAAUUUAGACAUAUUAUUUCAGAUGAUAUCUGCUCGAGCGAUAAAUGCACUGCACCACAUCGACUGGGUCUACAAGCAUACAAACAAUUGCAAAAUAGAAUCCGCUUCCAGGGCGGCGUGUUAUAGCGUAGUAGAUAAGGUUCUUGCGUCCCGUAGAAGCGCCUUAGAAAAUGAGUUCUACGAAGCGAACGAUUCGCCAGCCAUGUUGGAUCGAUUGCUUUCGGUGAAUGAGGACGGUCCACUGUCGGAUACAGAAAUCGUACAAAACAUCUACUCCAUCGUCGGUGCUGGUAACGAUACGACGGCACACUCGCUCGGUCACACGUGCCUAUUCCUUGCGAUGCAUCCUGCAGUACAGAGAAGGCUGUACCAAGAGCUGCGCGAUGUGUUUUACACUGCCGAUGAGCCCAUUACCGAGGAAAAGCUGAAACAACUAAGCUACAUGGAGUGUGUGAUCAAGGAAAGCUUACGGCUAGCUCCUCCGGGCGCCACGGUGGCGCGCGAAGCCCAAGAAGACCUAACAGUCGAAGGACAGUUGAUUCCGCGCGGUACAACGGUAGUCGUGAGCUUAUUUGCACUGCAUCGCAGAAAGGAUUUCUGGGGUGCCGAUGCGGAGAGGUUCGAUCCCGACCGAUUUCUGCCCGAACGUUGCAAGAAUAGAAUGGGCUGUGCCUUUAUGCCGUUCAACACAGGGAGUCGCAAUUGUAUUGGCUCACGGUACGCCAUGCAGAUUAUGAAGAUUAUUUUGUGCAAGAUCAUUCGGAGAUAUGAGCUCCACACCGAGCUAACUAUGGAGCAGAUGCAGUUUCGGUUCGAUAUAGCUCUAAAGCAGGAGCAGGGAUACUUAAUACGGUUCGAGCGUAGAGUUGAAAGUGAUUAA